CGAAUCGCGCAAGUCCCCCCACUUUCCUCCCUUUCCGAGUCGAAUGAGCACGCGUUACCAACGAGAGUGAGAAAAUCGGCUCUUUUAGUCUCCUCUUUAUCCCUCCCCUGCGCGAUCGCCCCUUUAACCCCCACGAUAAUCCCCUCCUUUAGGAUCAUUUGUCCUCCACAUUUUCCCUCUCCAAGGAUCGUCAGUGUGCCAUUGGUUUGUCGUUUAAUAGAUCCGCUGGCCUGUCUCUGCAGAUUCAAUUUGGUGCCAGCAAACGUGACAGAUCAGUGAUAGGAAGGAAGAGAUCAAACUACCAUCGGACAGCCGAUUUUUCUUUCGAAGGGAGGAUAGACAAGCGUUUCCGUAAAUGAAAGGAUCUUCGACAACACUUUUCACCGAGAGCUUUCGAUUUCACAUGCAGAAUGCCCGCGAUAUUCGUUUAACUAAUCGAGAUUCGUGAGAGAUUUGGUCGAUGAAAGAAGAUAUCGCGGGAAUUUUUUCACGGAGGACGGAUUCUGAUUGAAGUUUCUCUGAUGGAUCGAUCCAGGAGAUACGCGUAGUAGAGGAAACGCCGAUCUUUCGUGUUUUCGAUCGACGAUUAGAAUCUUGGAGGUGGAAUCGGAAACUGGAAAAUCAGAAGGUGCAAACAUGGAAGAGGUGGACGUUCAGCUUGAGUCGAGAGACCAAGUGGGCAAAAUGCUCUUCUCUCCUCCACCGAUGAAAAAGUCCGACACGAGAGACAGUAUUUCCUCCGUGGACAGUGACGUGAGCCUUUCCUUCGAUCGUAGAGGUUCCAAGGGAGAAGAGGCUGAUUUGUCGGACAGUGGAAGUUCCGAUAACGAGAGGAAGGAGAACGACGGGGUGGAGCAACAAAAGAAUUCUGAUCCAGAUUCGGGUGCAGACUCGUUGGAGGAGAGCGUUGUUAAAGAUUCGAAAACUCAGAAUCAGGGAACGCUGACUGAAGUAAGUACGGCUAAUCAAGGGGACGAUUUUGUCCCGCCGAACGACGAAUUGGCUGAGAAAAUAUGCGCCCAGGUGGAGUUCUACUUCUCCGACGAGAAUAUCGUGAAAGAUGCAUUCUUGUUGAAACACGUGAAGAGGAAUAAAGAGGGAUACGUGUCUCUGAAGCUAAUCUCAAGUUUCAAACGAGUGAAACAUUUGAGCAGAGAUUGGAGAGUGGUCGGGUCUGCUUUGGCGAAAUCGAAAAAGCUUCAAGUGAAUCCGCUGGGUACCAAGUUACGCAGAGUCGAUUCUUUACCGCCUUUCGAUCAGACUACCCCUUCGAGAACGAUUCUAGCCGCGAGACUUCCGGUAGAGAAGCUAUCGGUCGAGUCUGUAGCUGAGAUCUUCAGGCCGUGUGGAGAGAUUGCUCUGAUUAGAGUACUUCGACCUGGGCAUCCUGCACCAGCUGAGGUGCGACAGGCAAUCGCUAAAAGGCCAGAAUUGGCAUCGAGCGAGGAGUGCGCCAUGGUCGAGUUCACGGAUUCAGCGUCCGCUCGUACCGCCUUACAAAUAACCUUGGGUGAUGCCAAGGUGUUCGAGUUGCAACAAUCCAGCGACAAGAAGAGGAAACAACAGCCAGCAAAGAAAAGUGCCCUGACAAGAUUGGCCAAAGAGGAAGCUUACAAUUCCUCGAGUUGCGCCAGCGGAUCUGAGGCCGAAGAUGGAAGAGUCAAGCAUAAGAAACCUAUUCACGGUUACCCAAUAUAUCACGCUUAUCCGGGCCAUCCGCUUCAAGGACCCCCAUCACCAGAUGCGUGGUUAUCUCGUCGACUAUCCGCCUGUUCGGUAUCAGGUUCAGAAAAUAGUUUCAUUCUCCGCCGCUUGUCUUCCUGUUCCAGUUCAGGCUCCGGUUCAGAGACCGGAAGUUUCGGCAGACGUUAUUCCGCUUGUUCUUCCAGCUCCGAGACCGGUUACUGUCACCCAGUUUUUCCGACAAAUUAUUACUACCAAGAGAAUCGACGUUUCUCCUGCUGCUCGAGUUCCGGUUCCGAGUGCCAAGGUCCUUGUUAUCACUCUAGUCGUCGCGGAUCUGCAGAUUACGGGCCAUUUUUGAGAAGAUUGUCCGCCUGCAGCCGAGACUCUGGCUUCGAUGCAGGAACUAGAAGGCUGUCUCUAUGUUCCUCCGGUUCCGAACAGGGUACCUAUUGCCGACCAAGAAGCAACAGUGGCAUCACAUUGACGCAUCUCCCUGAAAACGUGAUGAGAAUGCCGUCUGGACCGGAUGGAACACGUGGAUUUGGCCGACCUAAAAUAAACAUUAUGUCGCCAGCCAUGGAGCCCACCUGUUAG